CUCCCGGGUCCAGCGGCUAGCACCCACGCGUCGCCGUCCGGCCGUCCGGCCGCCGCGUCGGACCUCCUCGUCCGCAUCUGCCGCCGCGAGCCGGCGCGCUCGUCCCUACCCCUCGACCUCGAGGGGUAGGCCAGCAUUCCCUCCGUCCGGCCGCCGCGUCGCAGCUUCUCCCCCAUCCGGCAGAUGCGGCGUCGCCUCCGCUCCGUCCACGUCCGGCAGCGGCAGCCACGCCCCUGUCCCCGCGCGCACUGUUUCCCACGCAUGGCGAGCGGGCGGCGGCCGUAGGGAUUUGGGGGUUUCUCCGUUCGCGUGCAGCGGUGGUUGGGAUUUGGGGAUUUCUCCUUCCGUGCGUCUCUGCACCCUCCUCCUCCUCCUCCCCCACGCCGUGAUCCAACGGCGCCACCUCUGAUGGCCGAGGAGCAUCCUGCAGAUGCAGCACAUUGGAUGGCCGAGCAGCACAAUGCGGCCAUCAUCACCAGCCCACUGCACGACGACGAUCUGCUCGAGAGGAUCCUGAUCAGCCUCCCGGGGGCGGCGUUCCUAGCCCGCGCCGUGCCCGUCUCCGACCGCUGGUGCCGCGUCAUCUCCGACGAGGGCUUCCUCAAACGCUUCCGUUUCAGCCACCCGUCGUCGCCCCUCGUCGGCGUAUUCGUGGACAACAAAAACGAGCGCAUCCCCCGCUUCCACACCGGCAUCACCACCGCCAACCCCGGCAUCGCCUCCGCGGUGCGCCGCACCGACAUCUGCCUCACCCGCCUCGACGAUGCUCUGCGGUGGCGCCUCCGGGACUGCCGCAAUGGCCACCUCCUCCUCUCCGGAUCCGACGGUUCACUGUGCAUCUAUGACCCGCUCUCCGAGCGGCGUGUGCCCAUCGGCCCGCGCACGCAUCUUGACCAGCGCUGGAAGUGCCUCGGCGACUGCUUGCUUGACGGCCUUGCCCGCCAUAUGGUCUCCAUGGAGCAACGCGGCCAACAGACGCAUGCCGAGGAGUCCUUCCGCGUCAUAUCCUUGCAGUGGCAGAGCAACUCCAGAUUCAAUGUACGAGCCGUUGAGUAUAACUCCGGCACGCUUGAGUGGCGCGUCCACCCACAGACUGGGUGGACGAAGGUUCAGUUGACGAAAUUGCAAUUGAAGGCAAUGUAUGCAGCCGGCCACAUAUUCUGGCAAACUGAUGUCGCCAGAUUGCUGGUGCUAGACACGAGCUCCAUGGAGUUCUCAGAGCACGGUGUCCCAUGGGAGAUAGUCUCUACCAGUUGGGCCAUCGGAGAGCUCCGAGACGGCAAGGGCUGCCUCGUGUGCCUCCAAGGCCUCAAUAGCUCGUUCGGCAAAGAUGGCCUCAUAGUGGAGGAACCUCUCCGCCUGGAAGUCUGGGCACUAAAGAAGGAGGAGGAUAAGCAAGCUAAAUUUUGUUGGAAGUGCGAGAAGGGUGUCCGGGUGAGCGAGAUGCUCCCGGAGGACGCUCGUGUGUACAAAGUCCACAAGGUCAUCAACGGACUAGCGCUAAUUGGCUGCACCAAGGGCUCCUAUGCUAUUGACUUGCAGACCAUGACUCUGUUGUCAAAGUUUGAGUCUGGUGGAGAUAUUUAUCCGUACCAGAUGUCGUGGCCACCUGCUGUGCUGGCUGCUGCUACUAGUGUGGUAUCCAGGCAUUUGGGAGCCAACCUGUCUAAUGAAGACAGUGUUCAGAUUCCUAGCAAGAACAUGGAUGGCCGAGAAGGCACCUCUUCUGGUGGAUCGGAAUCUGCAUCUCUCCAAAGUCAACUUCAGGUGGAAUCCCCUAAUGUCAGUGGAUCUAGUGGUAUUGAGGAUGCGUCAUGUGAUGAUGAUAACCAGCGUGCAUUGGCGUCUCUGGGUAUUGGAGAUGCAGUACACACAGAUCCAACAACAGCGGCAGCCAUCAAUGCCGUAAAUUCUCAUGCCAGCGAAGAAGAAACUGGUGGCUGGGCAUCUGACGGAAGAACAAAGCUAACUACAACUCUUGAGAAAGUAGCACAAGAAGUACACAUCAGCCAGACUCCUUUGAGUUCAGAGCAGAAGUACACAUCAGCCAAGCCUUUUAGGGAAGUCCAUGAGCAGAAGAAACGUUUCGCACGGAGAUUCACUGGGUGUCGCGAGGAGUUUUCUUCAAAGAAUAAAAGGAAGAUUCAUGAGGGAUCUAGUGCUCACGUCGAGCUUUCCACCAAUAGGAUUAAUUGUGUCAGCACCUCUCCUGCCGGUGGACCAGAAGCCCAUGAAGAGCCCAGGCCCACACAAGUGGUGGGCCGUCGCACAAGCAACCGACCACGUAAACCGAACAAGCUAGUAAGUGGAGACGACUGGGUCAUUUGAUAAGGACGGUUUAAGAAGCUCACAGUGCCAGGAGGAAAGUCAUCGAAGAUCAAUCACGGAUCAUAGUUUAUCUAGGCUCUCAACCCUAAUUAACCCCCCAAUUCUUGAUUCUUCUAUUCCGCACAAUUGUGCUUGUAUAAGCUUGUAACCUGAAUCCAGCGUAUUUCCUGAACCCUGUCUAGUGAAUUCAGUGAGUGAACUAGAGCCCAGUUAACAAAAUGCCACUUCAAGGACUGCAGUACGACAUUUACAACGGUGGUGUAUUUGCAUUCUUACAUGUUUAUCUUCUUUCCCUUUCAAGGAUUUGUUUCUCUGCAAUUUACUGCAAAACUUUUUUUUUUCAUUCUCUGCAACUUUGAAUUUCAGAGACAUAAAUGUACCAAGCAUUACAAGGAACAACAUGAGCAGGGGAGAAGAAAGGACAUAUCAAUAGAGAGCCUUACACAUAUGUGCUGGAGACACAGCAUUGCAGUCUGCACAAGUCUGAAUCUUUUGUGCUUGUGCAGUAUUUUUUGCACAUGUUCUCUGGAUACAGUUGCAGCAGUGUUAAGGGUGAGUUUUUUUUUUGUGUGUGUGUAACCUGGCAUAAAUUAUGAUGUGUAGUGGUUAUGUUUAGAGUAUGGCUCCAAUUCUUCUUCUAGAUGCAGAUUCUGUUCACCGUGCUGUGUUUUUGCACAAACCACAAACUGAAGCAGAUCGAUGUUCAGAGUUGAUAUGGCCCCUUUCCUGAACAAAAUUAACUUUUUUGUUGAGGGAAACUAAACCUUUAUUUAAACAAAGUUGAGGUCAUGGGUUCAAGUCCUGGAAACAGCCUCUUACAGAAAUGUAGGGAAAGGCUGCGUACUAUAGACCCAAAGUGGUCGGACCCUUCCCUGGACCCUGCGCAAGCGGGAGCUACAUGCACCAGGUUGCCCUUUUUUUCUCAGAGAUUUCUUGUGUGCGGCCCCAGUUUUUUUUUUUCAGUUUCCCAUGUCCUGAAACUUCCGGAACCGCCGAGCAUUUUGCAUAUCUCCAACAAGUUUACAAGCCUGAUUAGUUUUAAUUUUGGAAUAUGUUCGCAAGCCUGAUUAGUUUAAUUUUGUAGCUUUCGUCCUCUCCCACUAAUCUGAUAAUUUGCUAGACUAUUUCUUGUACUAGGUUCUGAAUGCUCUCACUUUUUCACUGCCGAUGUUUCAGAUGUAACAUGAACUGAUUUCUUUUGGAUCCUGUAGAUUUUGCAGGCAUUUCAAUAUCUUAAGACAGGUUAGCAUCACAUGUUGUUGCCUGUACUGUAGUGAAACAACAUUUAAUGAUCUAGGCACUGCAUAAUUGUUAUACAUUCAUAUUGCAAGCUCCCAUAUCUUAGAACAGCUGCAGGAUGUCAAGGACAAGGAUGUGGCUCUACCACUGAAGAAGCCUAGCAGCAACCGGAGCUUGACUGGUUCGAGAAAUUUGGCGCCAGUCCACGUCGAGUUGGCUACAUCAUAACACGGCACCGCAAAGAUGUUCAGUUGACUGUUGCAGGUGUAAUAUGUCAGGUUCUUGGUAAGGGUGACCAGUGAAGAGUAAGUAUGCAUAAUCUUUGGUUACGUUCGCAGCUUCUAGCCUCUGGGCCAUGCACAGGUUGUAUCGAUCCAGUUACAGGAGUGUAUGUGGUGGUCGUUUUGUAUAUGCUGGAAUUAUAUGAAGUAGUAUACUGAGUUUAACACUGUAGCGUUGCUUAAUUACAUCAAGUUGGUAUUAUCAUCGUGGAUUGUAGCAUCGAUCAAUGUUCAGAAUUAAUAUGGUUCUGCUACUAGUGUUCAUUGACUGUCA